ACAACACUCUAUCCUCGGCGUAAUGUUUUCUCAUCCCCGAUUCGAGUAUAAAUGACGAGGAGAUUGCGACUUUGCGUCUGCAAAGACCUGUCUGCUAUCCCUCCUCUCACAUCGCCUGCCAGAUACCAUUAAAUCACCAUGGCCCCUGUAGCUGUCGAACCCCAGCAAUCCCAAGUUGAACGACCUCUCAAGUUCGUGAACCCUGUCAACCCUUUCUAUUCUCCUUCCACUGGGAACGACGAGGACGACGCGUCAUAUGAGUUCGCCAGAUACAAGCCUAACUUCCCCGAUAUUCACUGGGAGCCUCUUGGUCCCGUUGCCGUGACGGAGCGCGGACUCUACGCCAACCCCGAGAAGAAGAGUCUCUUGUCCGCUGCAUCGAAAGUCAUCACUUUGAACCCGACCAUUGGGACAGAGAUUCACGGUAUCGACUUGCGUCAAUUGUCGGACACGCAGAAGGACGAACUGGCUCUUCUGGUGGCUGAGCGAGGCGUCGUUUUCUUCCGGAACCAGGACAUCAGCAUACACGAGCAACUAGACCUCGCUCGCCACUGGGGCCCACUUCACAAGCACGCCACCACUCCUGUUCCGAAAGAGCCUGGCCUCGAAGAAGUGCAUGUGGUUUACAAUGACAAAUCCCGCCGUCCCGACACGGCCGCCUUCUCCAAGAUCGAGCUGUGGCACACAGAUGUCUCCUACGAACAACAACCCCCAAGCACCACAUCUCUGAAAGUCAUCUCCGGGCCAGAAUACGGAGGCGACACCCUCUGGAGCUCCGGCUACGCACUCUACUCUUCGCUCAGCCGUGGACUCCAGAUCUACCUCGAGGGAUUGACGGCAGUGCAUAGCGCGAAGGCUCAGGCUGAUGGGGCGAGGGCGGCGGGAUUGCCUGUGCGAAGGGAACCAGUCGAGACUCUGCAUCCGAUUGUGAGGGUUCACCCUGCUACCGGGUGGAAGAGUGUCUAUGUCAACCCUGGGUUCACUCGUCGUAUCGUUGGUGUUCCCAAGGCCGAAUCGGACUCCAUCCUCAAGUUCCUCUUUGAGCAAAUCGCCCACAACGUCGACUUCCAGGUUCGAUUCAAGUGGAAUCCUAAUGAUAUCGCCUUCUGGGACAACCGGGUCGUUACCCACAGCGCCACUUUCGACUUCUGGCCCGCCAGACGGCACGCCCUUCGUGCCACACCGCACGGCGAACGUCCGACUUCGGUCGCCGACUAUGAGAAGGACGGAAAGGUCGCGAAGGAUAGGCAGCUCGAGAUCUGGAAGGCGCAGGGCAUCGAGGUUCCUGAAUUGGGUGUGGGGAAGGUCAGGGGAUACAACGACUGAGCGCUGAGCUGGCUUUCGACGAUUGGCUGUAGAACCGCUUCCAAAAAUCCUCGUGCGGUAGAUUGUGUUGUGGAUGAUGUGUAGGUUUGUGUAUUCCUAUGUGCUUGUACCUUUUUGGAUUUUGUGUGGAUGUGGAACGUUCUUCUUCGACGUGUAUGGAGAAUCGAGGCCGUUGGCCCACAGUGCAUCUGUGCCCCAUUAAG